AUGUCGGGACGCGGAAGGGGACGCAAAGCUGCUGCCUUGGCGGAGUUGCUGCUCACGCUAGCAGGACCAGCCGGGAAGAAGAAGAGGAAGACUGCACCGCAGUGCUUUCGCUGCCAAAAGCUUGGCCACGUCGCCAAGCACUGCAGCGGAGCAGUCGCGUGCUUGAAGUGUGCACAAGCACACGACACACGUGACUGCAAGAAGCAGAAGGACGCCCCCUGUACCUGCGCCAACUGCGGUGGCGCACACGCGGCCAACGCCCGUUCCUGCGCCUACAGAAGAAACUGGCGCGGACCGGAGAAGAAGACGCAGAAGCAAGUGACCACCACACACGAAGAGGUGGUCACUUGCACAGAAGACGUCGUCACCAGGCGCCUUAACGACGCCGUAGAAGAAGCCAUGUCCGCCUUCAAAUCCGCCAUGGCGGAAGAGAGGGCGGCCAUGCUGGCGGAACUGGGCGAGGCUCGGCGUCAGAUUGCUGUGCUGACGCAAGAGCUUCGCUCAGCCAAAGCAGCUCCCGCCAGAACAGUCGACACCGCCACCCAGGCGACUCUUCCAAGUGUGAAGUUCGCGACGGUGGCCACGCAGACCGACGCGCCUGCCGAAGGGGAGGCAACACAGCACACGACGAACACCGAAGCAGCAGCGCAAGAAGAAGAGUGGGAAGAAGUCCCAUUCCUCCCGCUUCCAGACAUGUACAGCGCACAGCCGACGACAAAGGCACAGCCGACGACAAAGGCACAGCCGACGACAAAGGCACAGCCGACGACAAAGGCACAGCCGACGACAAAGGCACAGCCGACGACAAAGGCACAGCCGACGACAAAGGCACAGCCGACGACAAAGGCACAGCCGACGACAAAGGCACAGCCGACGACAAAGGCACAGCCGACGACAAAGGCACAGCCGACGACAAAGGCACAGCCGACGACAAAGGCACAGCCGACGACAAAGGCACAGCCGACGACAAAGGCACAGCCGACGACAAAGGCACAGCCGACGACAAAGGCACAGCCGACGACAAAGGCACAGCCGACGACAAAGGCACAGCCGACGACAAAGGCACAGCCGACGACAAAGGCACAGCCGACGACAAAGGCACAGCCGACGACAAAGGCACAGCCGACGACAAAGGCACAGCCGACGACAAAGGCACAGCCGACGACAAAGGCACAGCCGACGACAAAGGCACAGCCGACGACAAAGGCACAGCCGACGACAAAGGCACAGCCGACGACAAAGGCACAGCCGACGACAAAGGCACAGCCGACGACAAAGGCACAGCCGACGACAAAGGCACAGCCGACGACAAAGGCACAGCCGACGACAAAGGCACAGCCGACGACAAAGGCACAGCCGACGACAAAGGCACAGCCGACGACAAAGGCACAGCCGACGACAAAGGCACAGCCGACGACAAAGGCACAGCCGACGACAAAGGCACAGCCGACGACAAAGGCACAGCCGACGACAAAGGCACAGCCGACGACAAAGGCACAGCCGACGACAAAGGCACAGCCGACGACAAAGGCACAGCCGACGACAAAGGCACAGCCGACGACAAAGGCACAGCCGACGACAAAGGCACAGCCGACGACAAAGGCACAGCCGACGACAAAGGCACAGCCGACGACAAAGGCACAGCCGACGACAAAGGCACAGCCGACGACAAAGGCACAGCCGACGACAAAGGCACAGCCGACGACAAAGGCACAGCCGACGACAAAGGCACAGCCGACGACAAAGGCACAGCCGACGACAAAGGCACAGCCGACGACAAAGGCACAGCCGACGACAAAGGCACAGCCGACGACAAAGGCACAGCCGACGACAAAGGCACAGCCGACGACAAAGGCACAGCCGACGACAAAGGCACAGCCGACGACAAAGGCACAGCCGACGACAAAGGCACAGCCGACGACAAAGGCACAGCCGACGACAAAGGCACAGCCGACGACAAAGGCACAGCCGACGACAAAGGCACAGCCGACGACAAAGGCACAGCCGACGACAAAGGCACAGCCGACGACAAAGGCACAGCCGACGACAAAGGCACAGCCGACGACAAAGGCACAGCCGACGACAAAGGCACAGCCGACGACAAAGGCACAGCCGACGACAAAGGCACAGCCGACGACAAAGGCACAGCCGACGACAAAGGCACAGCCGACGACAAAGGCACAGCCGACGACAAAGGCACAGCCGACGACAAAGGCACAGCCGACGACAAAGGCACAGCCGACGACAAAGGCACAGCCGACGACAAAGGCACAGCCGACGACAAAGGCACAGCCGACGACAAAGGCACAGCCGACGACAAAGGCACAGCCGACGACAAAGGCACAGCCGACGACAAAGGCACAGCCGACGACAAAGGCACAGCCGACGACAAAGGCACAGCCGACGACAAAGGCACAGCCGACGACAAAGGCACAGCCGACGACAAAGGCACAGCCGACGACAAAGGCACAGCCGACGACAAAGGCACAGCCGACGACAAAGGCACAGCCGACGACAAAGGCACAGCCGACGACAAAGGCACAGCCGACGACAAAGGCACAGCCGACGACAAAGGCACAGCCGACGACAAAGGCACAGCCGACGACAAAGGCACAGCCGACGACAAAGGCACAGCCGACGACAAAGGCACAGCCGACGACAAAGGCACAGCCGACGACAAAGGCACAGCCGACGACAAAGGCACAGCCGACGACAAAGGCACAGCCGACGACAAAGGCACAGCCGACGACAAAGGCACAGCCGACGACAAAGGCACAGCCGACGACAAAGGCACAGCCGACGACAAAGGCACAGCCGACGACAAAGGCACAGCCGACGACAAAGGCACAGCCGACGACAAAGGCACAGCCGACGACAAAGGCACAGCCGACGACAAAGGCACAGCCGACGACAAAGGCACAGCCGACGACAAAGGCACAGCCGACGACAAAGGCACAGCCGACGACAAAGGCACAGCCGACGACAAAGGCACAGCCGACGACAAAGGCACAGCCGACGACAAAGGCACAGCCGACGACAAAGGCACAGCCGACGACAAAGGCACAGCCGACGACAAAGGCACAGCCGACGACAAAGGCACAGCCGACGACAAAGGCACAGCCGACGACAAAGGCACAGCCGACGACAAAGGCACAGCCGACGACAAAGGCACAGCCGACGACAAAGGCACAGCCGACGACAAAGGCACAGCCGACGACAAAGGCACAGCCGACGACAAAGGCACAGCCGACGACAAAGGCACAGCCGACGACAAAGGCACAGCCGACGACAAAGGCACAGCCGACGACAAAGGCACAGCCGACGACAAAGGCACAGCCGACGACAAAGGCACAGCCGACGACAAAGGCACAGCCGACGACAAAGGCACAGCCGACGACAAAGGCACAGCCGACGACAAAGGCACAGCCGACGACAAAGGCACAGCCGACGACAAAGGCACAGCCGACGACAAAGGCACAGCCGACGACAAAGGCACAGCCGACGACAAAGGCACAGCCGACGACAAAGGCACAGCCGACGACAAAGGCACAGCCGACGACAAAGGCACAGCCGACGACAAAGGCACAGCCGACGACAAAGGCACAGCCGACGACAGCCUCCAUCCUUGUUCCAUACCCCUUCACCAACGUGACAUACAUUAACUCUCCAAGCAGAAAAUCUGAUAUCAAAUACUAG